AUGACACGCUAUUUGACACCCUCCAAAAUCGGUUUGCUCAUACUCAUAGAGCUAUAUACAGAUGGCAUUGUCUCAACAUCUUCCACAGUAUCUAUACUUUCUUUCGUUCUUGCACAGUUGCUACCAUCAAGCUCUGUGAAGCAAGCAGGAAGAGCCUCUACCCCACUAUACCCAGUCCUCGAUCUAGAAGCCUUCGAGUCUUUACUCAAGCAACACAGCGCAGCUUCCGGGCAUCCAGGAAGGUCGUUGUGGGAUCACUUUCUUGCAAAGCUUUGGAAAGUCGACAGUCUAGAUGCUUUGCAUGAAUUUUUCGCGAGGCUGAACAAUCUCUUGGCCAAAUCCCGGGAGGAGAUUAAGAAGGAUGGUGAAAUGGGGAUUCCUCCACCUGCAGGGGAUAUGAUAUUAUUGUCUCGUAUAUCGCCGUUUGGUAGCUUCUUACGAAAAGCUAAAAUUGAGUUUGAACGAUUAAAGUUCGGCGAUGUGUUACAGUUAUGGACGACUUUCAUGAGAUGGAGGCAGCCGUCAAAGGCAUACUGGGCUAGGAGAGGGCGUGUGGUUGGGAUCUGGGCUGGCGACAGAGUGCUCACAGAAGGAGAGGAAGAUUGGGGGCUUGAGGAGACCGAAACCUUGGCUCACAUAGCUUAUGGUGGUCUGGAGGAGGAGAACGCCGCUGGGUCGGUCAGUACUGAUGAUGUGGAAAAGCUUCUCGAAUUCCACGUGGAGCAGAUGCAGAAACUGGGUACAAGAAUGCCAAUAGAAGUAAAAUCUAAGCUUAAAUCCCUCCUGGAUGAUAGUAUAAUCACGCCCAGUUUAUCUCACUACCUGACCUUUCUAGAUGCAUGGAGAUCUGGCGACUACCCUUCGUCCUUCGAUAGUCUUCAUCGCUAUUUUGACUACACGAUGCAAAAUCGAGACCGAUUGUUCUACCAAUAUGCUCUCAUGAACCUUGCAGUUCUUCAAGCCGAUUUCGAAUGUUACGAUGAGGCAGUAGCCGCAAUGCUGGAGACUGUCUCUACCGCAAGAGAGAACAAGGACAUGGCAUGUCUGAAUUUCGCCUUAAACUGGUUAUAUCAUUUUGGGAAGGCACAUCCAAACAUCAUUCAAAGCUCUGGCUCAACCAGUAUGCUAGGUGUUGAGAAAGAGGGGCUUGCGUUCCUACGGAUUAAGGCUAAAGAGACUGGUAUGUGGACACUCUGGAGCUCCUCGCUUCUCAGUGAGGCAAAGUUGACACUGUCGAAUGGCGAGAGUGUGGCGAGCGCUUUUGAGGGUAUACUUAAGAGUUCUCAUUUGGUAACGGAGAAAGGUAUGAAGAGUAUGAUGGGACCACAAACAGCUAUGCAGUCUUCCUUGUGGGGUCGCCUAGGACUGGUUUGUCUGUCCAAGCAGUAUAGUGAGAUAUUUAUCCGAUGUCAUGCCAAGUACGGCCUGUUUGAUGAUACAUUGAGGUUUACCUGCCGGAUAGCACAUUAUCUAAUGGAGCGAGGUUCUUAUGACCAAGCAGCAGAACGGCUAGAGAGUUUAGAUUCCAACUCUUUGCGUUCAUGGAAGGCCAAUCAGUACUGGCUGAGGUAUCGUGGAAUUUUGCGUCUUAGGAAUGACCUACAUACCAACAAUCUAGAGGGAGCUGAUCACAUUCUGUCCCAGCUACUUCAAUGCGACGGUCUUGAAGCGGACUCUGAUCUCUCCUUUGAGAUCAGCACCCUUCACAUUGACUACCUUGUCCGUCGAGCAGACUUUGCUGCCGCGUUGUCAAAAUUGGAGCAACUAGCCUCUUCGCUAAAGGAACACGGAGAUGAUAUCAAUCUGCGAGUUAAGAUACUGACAAUGAAAGCUCUUUUACAAAGCAGGACAGGUCGCCCAGAAAAAGGAUUUUCUGUUGCGGUUCGUGCAGCAAGUAUAGCAUGGCGAGCACGCUUGAUGCCAGCGCUUUGGGCCGCAAUGGGAGCUGUGGCCAAUAUUUUGGUCGCACUUUCUGAGUUUCAAGCCGCCUGUCAAAUCGUCAUCGCCAUCAUUCCUCGAGCAUUGGAAUGCGAUAAUUGUUCACUUAGCGCGCAGCUCUAUUCUUGUCUUGCAGAGUCAUUCAUGGGAUUGGCAGGACAGGCAGCAGCAGGUGAUCCAAGAAGAACCGAGAAUUUAACAAAAUCCUUGGAAUUUCUUGAUAGAGCUUUCAAGGAAUUCUGUGCUAUUGGGGAUAUCAAUGGGCAAUGUGAGUCACGGGCUAAGAAGGCAAUGGUUAUGAUGGCUAUGGGAGACAAAACAUUGGCAAAUGAUUAUGCUUCAUCGUUUUUGGACCUCGAGCAGCGGAGAACUGCGGUGCAUAUCUAA